AAAUAUCUCCUCCACAGCAGCAAUGGCUGCAAUCCAGGCUUUGAGAGAGUUUAUCAACGAGCGACUGACGGCUGCUGCUGGAGAAAUCUUCACCGCGUUUGAACAAACUAUCGUCCAGUACCAAGAGGAGCUCGACCGACAGAACAGGCUGCUGGAAAUCACCUUUAACCCGCCAAAGAAGUUCCACGGGACAGAGCUCCAACAGGAUCAUGACUGGAGAGAGGAUCAGCUCUCUAAACAGGAGUCCAGCUGCUUUCUAGAGCGAGAACCAGAACCUCCACAGAUCAAAGAGGAGCAAGAACAACUAGGUCAAAGUUCCAACCGACAGAGUAUCAGAACUCACACAGGUGAGAAACCAUAUUCUUGUGAAACAUGUGGGAAAAGUUUCAAUAAACAGAGUGAUUUGGUUUGCCAUAUGAGAACUCACACAGGUGAGAAGCCGUACUCUUGUGAAACAUGUGGGAAAAGUUUCAGUCUCCGUAGUAGUGUUUUCAACCACGUGAAAACUCACACAGGUGAAAAGCCCUUUUCUUGUGAAACAUGUGGGAAACGUUUCUUUCAAAAGGGUAAUUUGUUGUGCCACUUAAGAAUACACACAGGUGAGAAGCCAUAUUCUUGUGAAACAUGUGGGAAAAGUUUCACUAAAAAGAGUGAUUUGGUUCGCCAUAUGAGAAUUCACACAGGUGAGAAGUCGUACUCUUGUUCUACAUGUGGAAAACGUUUCAGUCGAAGCAGUAAUUUGUUGGCCCACAUGAGAACUCACAGGUGAGGAGCCGUUCUCUUAUGAAACUCAUUAUUAUAUAUUCCUAUAGAAUGAAGAACUUUGUGUUCUUCAUCAAAACGAAGAAAAAAAGAAUGUAACUCACACCAGAUUGAACAAAAUGAUCAAAUCCAUGUUUUUGUAACCCAGUUGCACUGCGUGUCUGCUCUUUGCUGGGCGCCUCUCCACAAAACCUGCGUAGCUCUGCAUUGUGUUUCUUGCUGUAUUUUAGUGCAGGGUGUCAU